CAUAGCAUUCAUGGUAGACACCAUUUUGGGAUUUAGUUGCUGUAGCCUUUUCAUAUGUAACCCGUAUAGUAAGUCAUAAAGACUGAAAAAAAAAAAAAAAAAAAAAUGGGCAGAUACUGAGAUGUCUUAAUGCUAAUGUCUUAUGUAAGAUGUACUUGUAUUACUGUAGAGUUUGCUCACAUUAACCUAGAGUGCAAUGCAAUGUCCUCACGAUAUAUAGUUGAACAGCCAAUCCCGCUGCUUUAUUUAUAUUUAGCUGCUUUGCUUUUUAUUUGAAGUUUCCAAUAAAUGUUACGGCAAAUAAAAUUAAAAGUAAAUGUUUAACUUGCAAAUUAUCAUAUUUUUUUUAAUAUAUGCAAGUUAUUUGUUGUUUUUUUGAUUAUUUAUUUACAUAUAUUCCUGAGUCAUUGUGGAUAGCCAGUCUUCAUCCUUUGAAUUUUUUUCUACAUAAUAUGAAAUACUCGGUUUAGUAUGGUGACUUUGCUGAAUGACAUAUUUUAUACCACAGCUCUGUUAUAUUCUUCAGUCUGAUUGGUCAGAAGGUGUUGAUUAUUUUUCUAUGAGUGGAGCUCUGACAGUAGUUCUAAUUCAAAUCACUCUAAUUCAAAUCACUCUAAUUCAAAUCACAGGUGAAUUUAAAUAAACCUGUUGAUUAUUUUCCUAUAAUUCCUAUGACUCGUCAUGUUUUAUUCCUUACUUUUUAUACAUACUGUAGGUCAGCCUUUAAAGGCCAACCUCCUUAUGCAUAUUUAUAGUUAUCAAUCUAUGUGCUGUAUAGUUUUUUCACUGGUGGUCUUUUAAAAGUAUUAAGGUGAAUUCACAAACAGUGGGACAGUUUUUGUAAAGGACAGACAUGUACACUAUAUUUUAUAUUUGUAGCAUACUUAUAAUAUGUAAUAACAUAUUAUAAUAUAAUAACAAGACUUGAAAAAUCUCCAAAUUCAUCAUUCAUUAUAUUGUAUGAACACAGUAGACUCAGUAAAAUUGACUGUAUGUUAAAAUGUUGGCCUGAGUAACAAUUUAUAAUUCAUUUCUUACAGCAGUAAUAACAAUAACAGGAUUUAAAAAAUUUCAGUAUUUUCCAAAUUCAUAGUCGAUCUUUUCUAAAAUUCAGUAUGAACAGUAAUAUAAGUAAUAAUCACACAAAAGGGUAACAUUUUAUAAUUUAUUUCUUACAGUAGCAGCAUAACAUAGGACUAAACAAAACAUCAAAAUCUAUCUCUAAACUGAUAUGAACACAGUGCAAAAAUUAAAAAGUAAAAAUCUCUGCAUACUAAGUAGCAAGCCUGAGUAUCGUUCUAUAUUUCCCAGUUUACUUUAUACCCUCGCUUCUUGUAUUUACACUUAUUGUAUUUUCAGACUGUCCCAAUGUACCUGAACCAUGCUGUCUUGAAAAUGAUUAACCCUUGUGUUGCCUUAAGGGGCAAAAAUGACGUGUGACUAUGUUUAACAGCAGAGAAAACGAACAGUGUCCACUGAUUUCUGCACUGUGAAGGUGGAAAAACCCAGAUAUUCACAAAGUUUGUGAUGAAUGACAGGUUGUUUCUUCAUGAACAAAUAGAUUUGGGGGUUAAAAUUCAGUUAAGCUGCUUUAUUUUAGGGGUUUAGUGAAGGCGGGUGAUUUUUGAUGAAGGGGAGUAUAAUGGUAAGACUACAUAAGGGUCAAAUGAUAAACAUCUGUACGUUUUGAACUAACAUUAUGCUUCUUUUGUUAUAGCAGUACAUCUUAUACAUGCAUGCCUCGUAAAUAUGUGAUAUGUACUAGUCAUGACAAUUUUAUAACCUUGUGAGAAAACUAGCAAAAACAUUUUUUUUCCUUAACUCAAGAUUUCUGAGGUCAGCUUCCUGUUUGAUGCUGACCACACCCACUUGCCGAUGUCACGUGAAUUAAGUCAUAUUGUUUAUAUAAAAGCAGGUCCACUGCAAGGACCAACACAAGUUUUGACUUUCAGUUAGCAGGCCAGAAAAAAUGCUGACCCAUUUUACCUGAUUUCCGAAUACACCUGAAUUCACCCUAUAUACAUUUUUAUUAUUUAUAAGUUGUAUUAUAAAUAAUAAAAAUGUAGUCUGCUCAUCUAUCUAGGCAUGUGCUUCUUCUACUUCUUCUUAAUAUCAGUUUCUAGCUAUUUAAUUCAGUCGUCAUUCUGCUGUACACUCUAUAUACACAAUUAGCUAUAUUUAUUUUUUUAUUAGAAUUAUGUAUUAAUAAAUAUGCAUAAUAUCCUAGUCCCAUGUUCUCCAAUGGUUAAGGAGCAGAAGUGACGUGUGGAGGUGUGGACUUCAGGCUUCUAGAUCUGAAAGUCAGUGAUUUUCCCAACAUGCCUUAAACAACAAUAACAAGCUCAAACAAAACUCCACUAACAGCACGGAUUUCUGCCACACUGAAAGAACCCUGGUAUGAUGAGUGGUUUUAUUCAGAAGGUCAUACCAUUUAAGUCAUCCUCAAAGUGUUCGAGUACAUCUGAAUCAGGCAGUAAGUCUUCCCUCAUUGACACCAGUGGAGAUGAUAAACCCACAGAACCCAAACCGAACCCUGGUAUGAUGAGUGGUUUUAUUCAGAAGGUCAUACCAUUUAAGUCAUCCUCAAAGUGUUCGAGUACAUCUGAAUCAGGCAGUAAGUCUUCCCUCAUUGACACCAGUGGAGAUGAUAAACCCACAGAACCCAACCCGUGUUCCAGCUCUUCUAAAUCAGGCAGUAAGCCUUCCCUCAUUGACACCAAUGGAGAUGAUAAACCCACUGAACCCAAUCAGUGUUCCAGCUCUUCUGAACCAGGCAGUAAGUCUUCCCUCAUUGACAACAAUGGAGAUGAUAAACCCACUGAACCCAAUCAGAGCUGCAACGAUCUAAUUUCCUCUCAAAACAAAGACAAAAACAAUCAGGCCAUGAUGUUACCAUCAACUCAAUGGUACUGUCAAGAAGAGGAAUUAGGAACAUCCAAGGAAGAAAUGCUGGCAUCCAGUACAUCCACUGAACCCGGGUCUACCACGAUGCCUGGGUUUGAAUGGGACCAUUUUAAGAAGGACUCUGUUGAGAAUCCUACUGAGGCAGAAAUGGUAGCCAGCAGUGAAGCUAGUCCUCUGCCGACUGAUGAUGAUGAAGAAGGUUUAUUGGAGUGGUGGAGAAAUGUAGAAGGUUGGAACAAAUGGAACGAGGAAACAAAUCUUGAGGGAGACAAUGCAGAGCAAGCCAUAGAAGCAGCCGCAGAUCGUGUCUUCAAGGCUGCCCGUCUCUUCGUUUAUUUAUUCAAACAGCGAGAGGCAGCACUGUAUAUGCGAGUCGUUGAGUUGCUGGCAGUUGCUGAUGCAGCAGACAGCUUCCAUAAGAAAACUGUGACCGCUAGCAUCGGAGGAGGAGUGGCUAGCGUAGCUGGUAGCAUCACCACCAUCACAGGACUGGCGCUGGCACCUUUCACUUUUGGGUCAUCACUUAUUGUAACAGCAGUGGGCAUGGGCGUUGCAACAGCGGGGGGUCUCACAUCAGCAUCCGCCAACAUCACAGACACAAUGCAUUCAAGGACAGACCGGGCCAAAGUGGAGCAGAUCAUCCUCAGCUACCAGGAGGAGAUAAAGGACAUUAGAGAAUGCCUUCAGUUCAUGCAGACAGGUAUGGAGACUCUGGAAGAGUGCAGCUUCCAGCAGUACAUGGAUAGCAUCUCCAAGCGUGCAAUGAACAGGAAUGUGAAGCAUGUAGUAAGGGAGGGUGGCCGUGCUGGCAAGGCAUUACUAAUCAAUGUUGAGAGCCUGGCGAGCACUGUGCAAGUACUCAGCACCGCUGGUGGGGUUGCCAAAGCCACUCAGGUCCUCAGCAUUGCCAGCGGGGUCAUGUCCGGCCUCUUCCUGGCCCUCGAUGUUUUCUUUUUAGCCAAAGACUCCAGGGAGCUGCACAAAGGGGCCAAGACAAAGUUUGCGGCCAAGAUUAGGGACGUGUGCAAAGAGCUGUUGGACAGCCUUAUUGAGCUGAAGAGGAUUAAAGAAGAGCUGCAGCAAAUUAUGAAUGAUGCAGAGGAGGAGGAAGAGGAAGAGGAGGGAGAAGAAGAGGACGAGGAAGAAGAAGAAGCGGAUGAGGAGGAGGAGGAAGAAGAAGAAAAGUGUAAGAAAGACCAGUGAGCACAGAGGUGAAGAGGAUAAAGAGAAUGAAGUACGAUUUAGCAGUUAAGAUUCUUGGUAGCGGGGGGCAUGGUGGCCUAGUGGUUAGCACUGGUGCCUCGCACCUCCGGGGUUGGGGGCUUGAGUCCUGUCGCUGCCCUGUGUGCGCAGAGCUUGCAUGUUCUCCCUGUGUUUCGGGGGUUUCCUCGAGGUACUCCGGUUUCCUCCCCCAGCCCAAAGACAAGCAUUGUAGGCUGACUGGCAUUUCCAAAUUGUCUGUAGUGUGUGAAUGGGUGUGUGAUUGUGCCCUGUGAUGGGUUGGCACCCCGUCCAGGGUGUGCCCUGAGUCCCCUGGGAUAGGAUCCAGGCUCCCCUGCAACCCUGUGUAGGAUAAGCAGUACAGAGGAUGGAUGGAUUCUUGUUAGCGUUAAUACAUUGAGUACAAGAGAGGAAGAAGAUAUGGAAAACUAUUAAGCACAGAAAACUGUAACAAGCAGUUAAGUAUCAGACAAAUACUAAGCUAAGAUUAUUUAUUCUGGAGUUUGUUGGUGGAAAUAUGGUUUAGGUCAAAAAGUGUUUUACUUACAUGUAGUUUCACAUUAUUGCUAUUUUUAUUGAUGGAGAGAUGGACUAUGAUCCUGAACCUUACCUAGCCAGGAUUUUGAGUUUCAAAUAGUACAAACCUUUCAAAUUAUAGGAAAGGAAGUUAUAGUAGGUAAUAACACUACUGAACUAUUGUCAGUGGUCUGUUACAUUCAAUGUAACAUAACCAGACCACAUUUUAUUUCUAAUGGAAUACUGUAGUUAUUAAAAAUGCACUAAAACGCUUCACUCUUUUAGUUGCCUACCUGAGGAUAAGAAUAUUUUAUUUGAUUCUUAAUACAAUAUUUUAUCUGAUUCUCAAGUAUGUAGGAAAUUAUUUCCUUUAUACCUUCCAAAUUGGCAUGAAUACAUUUCACUAUUAACACUGAAUUAUAUUUGCACGUAUCUUUUACUUUUGUUCAUGAAAAGCACCUUAAAGGUUAGCUGUUUGUGCUCUGUCUUUUAAUUAGGGCUGUUAACAUUUGAAAUAUUAAAGCACUCUACUGUGAUUUAAUAAAAGAUUGUCUUUACACUCAGGAGCAUAUUGUGAUUGUAUUUUAUAUAAUAAUUAUAUAUAAAUUGAAUAAUAAUUUUUGGGAAAUCUGGCUUUUCUGAAUUUAUUUUUAUUUCAAUUCAUCGUAGUAAGAAAAAGGCAAAUAAAGGUAUUUAAAAUAGCA